AUGUAUAAAUUGAGAGCUAGCAUAUGGGGAACAACACAACCUAGAGUUUGUUGUUGAGAAGUGCAAUACAAGGAUGGCAGGCACUCUCUUUCGUUUAUUCGUGGUUCUUCUAGGGCUUUCUCAUCUUAUAUGCUUGAAAGCAGUCCCAGUUACAAGGAUUGAAAACCUUAUGCUUGGACCCCAAGUUCAACUUACUCCGGAGAAUAACCACAAGGUUAUCACUGAGAGAAAGGAACCAACCGUUAUUACUGAGAGGAUGGAAUUAGAACUCCACGACUAUUCACCUUCAGGGCCUAAUGGCCGUCACACUCCAAGAGCACCGUAGUGUGUGAAAUGGUGUGCUGAAUGAUAGUUUCUCUAGGUAGCUAGCUAGUAGGCGUCCUCUAUGUAAUUCAAUCUUAUAUAAGUAGACAUAAUCGGUGAAUUCUAGAAGCGAUUAUGUAUGAUGAGAGAAUCGACUGAUUAGAUUCAGACACUCAUGUUUGUUAAGAAUAAAUAAUACAUGUACUUGCAUUACAAAGGUAUUUUACAUUCUCAUUCAAUCA